GAAGAGUCACGUGAUCAUACAUCGUUGCCUCGCAACCAGUUGAAGUGGAGAAGCGGCUAAAUUUUUCCAUUUAUAGCAUAUCUGUCUUGAGCAGGAUACCUGGAUCUGCUAUUAGUUCAUCUUUCAUUCUUCAUGUGGAUUUCUAAAUGAUGUUCAAAAGAAAUUCCACGAAGAAAACAUCUCAUUUAUAGAAAAUAUUUUAACUAAGCAGUAGCAAAAAAAAAAAAAAAAAAAAAAUUAAUGACUUGAUUGAAAUAUUAACUGAAGUAGUUUCGUUCAGUAAGAACAAAAUCAAUAAAAGUGGCUUUAUUGAUCAAGAGUGAAUUAUUGGACAGGUGCUUUAAAGAGACAGGAAUCAACAUGGCUCUAAAAGAGAUUCCUGACAGGUAUCUUGGAAUGAUAAUCCAUUUUCUCAUGAGCUUUCACAAUGAUACAUCAGAAUUUCGACACCCACAUCUUAGAAAAUCUUUUCAGAGUUCUUAUGUCUUUUUUGUGCUAAUGUAUGCCAUUUUAAUGAUAGUUGGUUUCGUUGUAAACAUUAUGAUGCUAAGAAAAAUAUUUUCUCAAAAAUCACAUAACAUAUCAUUGUAUAAAUAUCUCGCCCUCAACUCUUUUAACGACAUUGUUAAGUGUCUCGUCAUAUUGCCCCUUGCAUUAUCUACAACUCUUAUCCAGAACUGGGUUUAUGGCAGACUCCUAUGUUAUCUUUUCCCAAUGUUGCAAGAUAUUCCUUUUCAUGCAACAAUGCUGACAUUUCUACUAAUGGCAUUUGACCGUUAUAGACAGAUUCUUUAUCCAUUAAAGCAACAUUUGUCUUUCUUCAUGGGCAUGAUUGGAGUAUGGAUGGCAACAGCUGUUGCUGUUUUGCCUUACUUAAUCUAUACUCGAUACUUAAAUUUAGAGAUUUAUUUUGGAGCACAGUUCAAAGGUACUGGUAUCUGCGCAAUCAACGUGGAAGACAACAUAGAAGAAUACAUACGAGGACUUUUUAUUAUUAUGUACGUAUUACCUUUAGGAUUGAUAGCCUUUCUUCACGUUAAAACAUCGGAAGAAAUAAAAAUAAAACAUACGUCGUAUACAGUUUCAUUUCAUGACGUCAGUGUUGUCACUAAUCAUGAUACUGACUCUGUUGCAUCGCUAAAUCCCGACGGUCACAACGUCACCCAAGUAGAAAAUCCAGUUCCCUCUUCUAUGUCCUUAAAAGUACCAAAAAGAUACGCAACACCGAGCCAAAGUGGGGAAGAAACCUACUUGCGCGAUAAACCUCUGCACUUUUCUGAAGUUGGUAGUGAUGAUAACAGAGAUUGGCAACUGGAAAAGCAAAUCCAAGACUUUCUCGCAUGGGCAGUGACUUCUUACGCUGUGUGUCUUUUGCCUUUAAAUUUGGUUCGUUUACUAAAGCAUGUUGUAUAUGAAACAUAUGAGAACAGUUUCCAUUUUGAUAUGACAUUUAUCACUGUUGUUUGGAUAGCUUCUCUUCCUAUUAUUACAACUCCGGGAAUUUUUUUAUAUUGGCAUCGAACCGGAGAGCACACAUCGAAUAUUAGUAGAUAUUUAAGACUUGGUAGAGCAUCUGAUGUAUCGUUUUCUGCAUAUGAUUUAAAUCAAGAUUCUUUGACUAGGAGGCCACCAGAUAGUCAAAGUACUAUCUGAAAGGGAACCUUUUGGUUUAGUCAUUUCUCCUCAAAGUCUAAACCAUAGUGGUGGUUAAGGAUCCCUGAAAUUUAUUUCUAAGGCUAUAGAUAUGCUGAGUGAUGUGUGAGCAUGGAACAUUAAAAAAAUUCUGUGUAUUUUAAGUUCAAAUAAAGCAAG